AUGGGUACACAUCCCCUAGGAACCGGGACUUCUUCUCCUGCUAGGAUUACGUCGACACUUGAUUCUCGGGUUCUGGCGGGUAAGGGCAAGAUAGUGCCUAGCAGACAAUGGGCAGACGAGCCAUGGCCGCUUAUCGAGCCGCCGUCUCGGACUCGACGUACCGGACAUCCGGCACAACACAUCGCAAACGAGGUAGCGCACACACACAACGCGAUGCUGCGCGGCCUCAACGCGCUAUAUCUACAAGCCCCGUUUAUACAGAGCCCCGUGGACGUGGCUGAUUUCUGCUUUCUGGUACACGUGUGGGCUGCUUGGGUCAGGGACUAUCAUGGCCAUAAGGAGGGCGUUAUGAUACCUAAGUUUGAGGACGCGUUGGGGUUGGAGAGGGGGGGGUUGAGGGUCGCUUCGACUUUUACUGGGGGUGAGGGUGAGGGUGAAGAUGAGGGCGAGGGAGAGGGAAAAUGGAUGGGGGAUGAGAAGGGCAAGGGGAAGGAGAAGAAGAGGGAGGGAGAGGGAGAGGGAGAAGGGGGAGAAUAUAAACCAGAGGGAAACAUCCCGGCGCUUCUACAAAACAUCCUCAACUAUACCGCCACAACCCACGCCAACCCACCCUCCUACUCCCCCUCAACCCUACAAUCCCUCCUAUCCUCCCUCGCCAGCUCCCUCGUCCCACACCUCCACAACCAAAUCCCCCUCCUCCAACAAAUGCAAGACCUUUGCCUAACCCUCGACUCCCCCCCAUCAUCCACAUCCCAUUCCUCAUCCACCACCACCACGCAAUCAUCAUCCCAGCGCUCAACCACCACCCCCUCAUCCCCAUCCCCAUCCCUCUCCCUCCCCUCCCCCAAACCCCCCACCGCCCCCGCCAAAUCCACCCUCCUAACCAAAACCCACCUCGCCACCACAACCUCCUUCAGCGCCUCCCUGGACCCUUUUACCGCGCUGCCCAUGAUCGUCCGCCUGCGCGACAUAACAUACGACGGCCGCACCCACGACGGAGGCGUCUGGCCGCGCCUCUCCGUCCCCGCGCUCCACGCUAUCGCCGACCGCUUGUCCCCGAAACACGCCGGAUCCUGGCGUUUCCUGCCGUGCGACGUGUGGGGGCGGCCGCGGGAGUUGGAGUUCCUUGGGGAGGAGGGGGAGGAGGGUGGUGAGGCUUGA